GCUGGAUCUACAUUCAAACUCUGCAGUUUCAGCAGCAAAGGCGGCAGGGCAUGAGAGGAAAAGCAGUCAAAGGGGGAGAAAAGAAGUGUGAAAGGGGGCAAAAAGAAAAAAAAGGAUAUGAAAAGAACAUGAAAGAAAGGAAUCGUCAUUAAACGCACUACGAAGUUCUCUCUUUCCCUCUCUUCCUCCAUCUCGCACCUCUCUCAAUUUAAUCUUAAAUCCACUCUCAAUUUCCCCUGAGGGACUCAAUUCUCUCUUUUCCUUGAGAGGCAUAAGGAGAGGGGUCCAUUCCUCCUGGUAGAGCGACACCAGGAACUUCCUCUCUCUCCCCCCCACCCUCUCUCUCCCCCUCCACCAUGACACUACUGGCCUCCGAGAGGUCGCUUCUCAUCAGGAACAAGUUCCGCUCAGUCCUGCAGUUGAGGAUUCAGAACCGAAGGCAAAGUGAAAUCAAUGCAGACUUAGGGUUAAAAUCUGCCUGCCAACCUAAAAAAGCAGAGAAAGACCAGAGUGAAGCUCUGCGUCUUACUGAAGAUGGUGCUGCACAGAAGUUGCCCCCUGGUGGUCUCAAUGCUGAAACUGCACAAGAGAGGACUGUGUGUGGGGCCCAGAGGCAGAAGAAGGCUCGGCAUACGCAGGACCUUACUGAUAGGAUCCGGCGUCCGCCAGGGCCUGUGGAUCAACAGCACGAACACACACUGCCCCUGGAGAACCGCCCUGCCUCUUUCCCUCUGUCCGCUGAUGUCUUCGAAGAUGACAUUUCCUCCUGCCCCUCCUCCUCGCCUACUGAGCAUCAUGGCGUUCAUCAAUCAACAGCCUUUUCUUCAUUGCCAGGGCUCUCAGGUGACCAAUUACUGAGUGACUUCUCAGCUGUGGGCCCACCCCUGAUCCACAGCCCUGGACAUGCACAGUCUGGUUUGUCGUUGCUCCCGGCAACCGAGGGCAUUCGACAACCCAUGAGUGUAACACUUUGUGAAUCAAACGGCAUGGCAACACCUGGGAGACCGAAUGGGAUGUAUCUGACCUCUCAGACCACACCCCUGCUGCCAAAGACAGCUCAGCCUCUAAGCCCCACCUGCGCCUCCUCACUGCCCACCUCCCUCAACUUCAACCAUCUUCCCCGCCCACGGAAACCGCGGGACACCAAACCCAAAAUGAGGAAACUCAAAUAUCACCAGUACAUUCCUCCAGACCAGAGAGGAGGGUCUGGGACUGGAGGAGGAGCCAAACAGAAGAGCCCGGCUCCUAGCCAGUCCUUAGACCCAGCCUACUCCCAUCUACUGAAACAGCAGCAGGUCUUCCUCCAGCUGCAAAUCCUCCAGAACCAGCAACAACAACAACAACAGCAACACCAACAGCAGCAGCAGCAUCAGCAGCAACAGCAGCUCACUGUUGUGCCCAGUGAUCACAAUGAUCUUGUGAAGUCUUCUGGAGCCAUGCCACUGAAUCCCCAACCUGUUCCCGCCACAACAAACCACACCCCUACAGACACAAACCCUGCUUCCAAGCCUGAGCUUCUCCCUGCAAAUCUCGUUGAUCUAACAGUGUCAGAGUUACGGCAGCAGCUGCGAAAGCGUGGCCUCCCCGUCUCCGGCACAAAGCCCACUCUGUUGCAGCGUCUCCGCCCGUUCCAGAUUCCUCACUCCUGCCUCACCCCUGCUCCCCUCUGCCAGCUGGGUACCAGCCUGGAUCCUCUCACCCCUACUGCCCUGCUGCCAUCCAGCCAGAGCCCCGGCUCCAGCUCCAGCUCGGGACUAGACUCCCCCAGCAGCAGCCCGAACCAACAGAUGUACAUCCCGGACAGAGGAGUCCCUAAUGGGAUUCUCAGUGACGCUCAAAAUGGAAUUCUGAACAAUAUGCCGAAUGGUUUCUCGAAUGCUUCAGUCAGUUUGGCGGGUGAACAAUGUCUUUCCAACGCUGUCUUCAUGGCUCCUGCCAGCACCGCCUCAGGAACUCCAAGUCCCAGUCUCCCCAUGUCGUCGUCCUCGCCCCUGCAGUGUGGGACCCCCUGGAGAAAUGAGAACGAUCAGCAGCAGCAGCAGCAGCAGGAGCUGAGCGUGGAGCUGGAGAUGAGGGAGAGGUUACGGAGCAGGCCUAGGGACCGCACCACCAGCUCUGGCAAUGAGUCUUGUGGGGGAUCCCUUCAUCCGUUCCUGCAACAGGAUCCUGGAUGCUCCAGAGGGAAGCCAGAAACAGACGCACAGACGGAGGUGUUGUUUACACAGGUGUUUUGCUGCCAACCGUGUGAUGUGAUUGGCCAGGAUUUUGAGCUGCCAGUGCAGAUUACAGCGAGUCCAGUUCAGACCUUGCCCAGUGUUCGCAGCUUGGAGGAAGAACUACAGGAGGCGAUCCAGAAAGCACAGAUGGACCCUCGGCAGUCCAUAGAUGACAUUCUGGAUGAGCCCAUAGCUUGUGUUGGCUCUGUUAAUGUCUGUGAUCAUAAAUCCCCCGCUCACUCAGUCCCGGGCCCUUCGCCGCCGCCUCCUCAGACGGAUCAGUGCCAGGCCUCCCAGCAGCACAGGGAUGACAGCUUCCUGCCCUCACCUCUUUGCUCUUCUCUCUUACUGGAACUCCCUCCAUCUCCAGCUGUAAUAAAUCCCAGCCAGGUGAACCCAGCUCCUCGCCCGCCUCCCAUUUGUACUUCCCCUCUGCCGUCCACUGGGAAGUCACGGAAACGACGGGCUCCGACAUCAUUUGACGCUGCUGACUGGCUUGAAACACUGACGUCUGGCCUCCGCCCUCUUACUCCCCCGACAGCUCCUUUUGUUGAGUCAGACUUCAGUCUAGAUUCAGAUCUGAAUGUCAGUCGAGUGUUGGAUCUAAUGAUAGAGCAGUGGUGAGGAAUUCUGUGUGCAUAACUGUUUGUAUCUACUGUAUGUGAGCGAUGGUUGUGAAUGGGGCAGCAUGCAUCCCACAGAGGGCACAAGGUUGUGAAUAGCCUCCAUCAUUGAAAGGCUGUCAGAGUCACUGGCUCCACGCAAUGUCGAGAGCUGGAUUCAUUGCAGCGAAGAGAUUAAACAUGGCUUUGAUGGGGCAAAGAGAGCACAAGCACACACAUAGACACUGCAGAGUGCUGUUUAAAAACACUUGGGCUCAGCCAGAAAUGGCAAACAAGCAACACAUCUGUGGACUGACACACUCCACAGCACAAUGUUUGCAGUGCUAAACAAAAGAAAACCUGGUGGCAUAUUCAUUUAAACAUGCUUCCUGGAUGCGCUGGGAGAAUGUUGUUUCUGACUUAUCUCCAAAACCUGUUGUCGGAUUGGGUCGAGUGUGGCCCCUGGUGUUGACUCAGUCAUUGAGUCCUAGCCAUUCAUAAAGCCCAUUUAGAGUGUGUAAAAGCCAGACAGAGCACACAGCUUGUGUGUGGCUCCAGACCUUAACCCCGGUGCCAGACACACAGUCGGCAUGCAGAGGGAGCAAGCUGGCACAAGCUGCAAACAAGCAGUGUGUGUGUGGUGCUCAUGCGUACGUGCAAGUGUGUGUGAAAGCUUAUGUGUUGAGUAUGUGUGUGUUCAAUAUGUCUGACUGUGUGUGACUGAGCACACAAGGCUGCUUCUGUUUUGUACGUGUCAACACCCAACUGCUUCCAUGUACAUUUCAACGCCAAAUGCACUUGUAGUUAUUUGUUUGCUUAUAAUUAAGUGUGCCUGUCUGUGUGUGUAUUGAUUGAACGGUGAGAGGAUACAUGUGGAAGACAGAGAAAAAAAAAAGCUAUGGCUUUCUAUGUCCAUAUUUCAGACCAGACAUUUCAUUGUAGGCUCAUUGCCAGCGGGCAGCAACUCCAGUGUAGUUAUCCAGUGUAAUCAUCAGAACAGCCACAUUACCUUGUUCAAGUCACUGUUCUCAAGGAGAGCAAUCAGGCAACCACCCCAAAAAUAGUGCCCAUACAAAUGCUCCAAUCAGAGGGACCUUUCCUCAUCGCUUUGCAAAAACAGGUGGUCAUUUUGUUCCCUGAUUAACCCCCAACCGUGUCUGGCCCGCUGCACAGUGCUUACCCGGCGACUAGAAAAGCACAAUUUAGCACAAUUUAUAACCCAACCCCAAGGCCACACCUGUUCACUUAGUUUUAUUUAUUUAUUAUUAAUUCCACACGUAUUAUUUGACAUUGUUAAAUCUUUGCUGUAUAUUUCAAUAUACAAAAACGACCAUUUAUAUUUAAUGAAAAUGCACUAUAGAAUUAGCACAAAAUAAUAUAUUUGGAGAAGCUUCUUAAUGAUGACAGAAAUCUUGCUUUUUAUCCUGCAUGAUUUACUGGUCGUGCAGAAACGGGCACAUUAUUUGUUUGCAUAAUACACUUUCAGUGAGUUAUGAUUCCAUUCUCAACCCCGCUUAACAUCAUGAAGAAUAAAGUCUGAUGGGGGUAAACUGCCAUUAACCUCUGCCAUACAAGAUAAAUGUAAUUUAGAUACAAGAUCUCCUCUCCAUGAACUUAUAUUCUGCCCUUAAUUGGCUGAAUGUUGCAUCAUUCAUUUUGGAGAGCUCUGAUUGGCUCAACCACAUCUCAAACAUUUGUAUUGUUUCUUAACUAACUGGACGUCUUUCUGAAAGACCACUUUUUUUUUAAAUCCCUAAGCCUGGUCCCCUUCUCAGUCUCCAAAGUAUUGUGUUAAAAUAAAGGUUAAGUGCUGAGUGCAAUAUGAUUUGUGUAAAGGGCACAUAAACUGGCAGAUAUGAAGUCAUCAUGUCAUGUUUUUUGUAUGCAAAUGUUUCAGUGUUGUUGCCGGUCUGUUCCUUGUUCUGAUGAUGAACCGGUGUCUUACUAAGCAAGACAGCCAUCGUAAAUGAUUGGAACAAGAUGUCUGUGCAUUGGCAAACUUUCAACACACAGCUCUAUGUUGAAGGAAUUCUUGUACAGCUUUAACUACAGCGACUAUGAAAAAUGCAGUAGAAUGUGGAUCGAUUGCUAUGAUAAUCAUAGCGAUCAAUAGACAUUGCCUGCUGCAUGAAUAAAAAAAGGAAAGAAAAAUGAUUGGCAGGAGAGUAAGAUGCUACCUCCUGUGACUUCCACUGCUUUACGGCCGACACCAGUGUUUACCUUGUUGCUUAUUUAAUUUCCAAACACUGGUGCAGAGUUUCCUGGAACACCCCUGAGAUAGUUUCACUUGACUUAAACGCAGGUCAAAUUCUUCUGUUUCGAUCUGUCCUGUUUGAAGCUGGUUAGGACAGAUGUCAACUGGAAACACUAUUUCAGGUUAAAGAAACUCUGUUGGCAAUGUCUGCUGCUAUAAAUGUGAAAAUGUGAAAGAAAGUAAAAUGUGUUUGCUUUAUUUAUUAUGUAACUUAUUCAUGUAAAAGAUAUCAACCACUGUCCAAAAUUGUAUUUAAAAGCAAUAAGAAAAUUAAAGUCUUAAUAGAUUUUCUAUUUUGUUCUUUUCAUUUGUUUUCAUUGCUGUAACAUGAAACAAUUAAAGGAUAAACACGU